AUGGAAGAUGAAGUAGAUGACGAUAAACAUAAAGAGGUUUUAGGAUCACGUGAAUCAUCGAACUCACAACAAAAUGAUGGAGAUUUUGUUAUAACUCUUCAAAAUCGUGCUGCAAUGGAUACUCGUCUUCGUAUUCUCUAUACAGAUGCUGCUUGUCAACCAUAUAUAGUUGAAAGUAAAAUAUUAUGGACGCAUCAAACAACAUCCGUAAGAAUACCAUCAAAUGCUCAAAAUAUAAAAGUUAUUGUUCAAAAAGAUAUGAUUGGUCGCUAUUGGCGUGAUGCUCAUACUGUUUCGAUGAAUGGUACUAAAAUGUGCUUAUGUAUUGUUGGAGUUACACUAUACUCCAAAGUUAGUCCAUGCGAAUAG